UUACCGCGCAGCCGCAGCGGAGUCCAAGACGGGCAAGGCUGGCUGCGGCUCAAGUGCCUCGUAGCACGGAAACGUGUGCGCGCCGGUCUUUCUGUACUUCCAGCUGGGGGGUUAUGCGCAGCCGCCCGGAGUGCCCCGAUGCCAUGCCCUUCCCACCACCCUUACUUCCGUCUGACUUCCAAUUGCUGUGGCGUCUUUGGGGUUGCUAGCCUCUUUUCCUUACUGUCUGUGCUUGCAGCAGUAACGACAAAAAAAGUCAGAAGAGAAUGCGUUGCAACAUUUCCGCAAGAACCGUGGGCGACAGUUAUGGAGAAGCGUCUGCAUGAGGCUCAGCUGUACAAGGAGGAAGGGAACCAGCGCUACCGGGAAGGGAAGUACCGAGAUGCUGUGAGUAGGUACCAUCGAGCUCUGCUUCAGCUGCGGGGUCUGGAUCCGAGUCUGCCCUCUCCGUUACCUAAUCUCGGACCUCAGGGCCCGGCCCUCACGCCUGAACAAGAAAACAUACUGCAUACCACCCAGACAGACUGCUAUAACAAUCUAGCUGCCUGUCUCCUUCAGAUGGAGCCCGUGAACUACGAACGAGUGAGAGAAUAUAGUCAGAAAGUCCUGGAACGACAACCUGAUAAUGCCAAGGCCUUGUAUCGGGCCGGAGUGGCCUUUUUCCAUCUGCAGGACUAUGACCAGGCCCGCCACUACCUCCUGGCUGCCGUGAAUAGGCAGCCUAAAGAUGCCAACAUCCGGCGGUACCUCCAGCUGACACAGUCAGAACUCAGCAGCUACCAUAGAAAAGAGAAGCAGCUCUACCUGGGCAUGUUUGAUUAACAAAGAAGAAAGAUGCUCCUCCAGUUGAACUUAGGUGGACUAUUAAACAUGCAUGAAGGAGAAACCUGAGCCUCAGCAAGAGAAAUUAACCCUAUACCUCUGACCCAGGUGGAUUUUUGUUUCUAGUUCUGCACAAACUUCACUACUUAGACAGUCUGAGUCUUUUUCUGUCUAUCCAUCUGUUUAUUUCUAUACCUUUCAAUACAUGUUAUUGUUGCAGAUAUUUGGCUUGAGAAAUAUAAUCAAAAGACAUUCA